AUGCCGUCGCAGAGCUCCGCAGCGACCUCCUCGUCGCACCAGCACCAUCUGCGCCUUUUAAGCUCCUGCAAGGAGCCUACGACCCAGGCGCAUCCACCAAAGCAGCCCAGCGUCAUUCUAGUCGCGCAGGACACGACAGAACGUCACGCCGCCGCCGCUGCGGCCGACGUCGCGUGCGCGGCACCGCCGAGCGAUGCGGCUGCCUCGCACGUCGAUCCAUCCGAGCCCACGAUGAGCGUCAGCGCAGGUGCUGAUGUGCCGUCGUCGAACUCGAACAGGGGCAGCCGGGACGGAGCGAAGGACUCCACACGCAACGAGCACAAUAGAAUCCCCUCCUUGCGUGUAUCAGGGACGCGCCAUCAGCCGGCUCACUCCCCCACUACGGCCUCUCACCGGAAUACUCGUCAGCCGAAGCGGGCGGAGGCGAGCAACUCGGCGGACAUGACGGCGGGCGUGCACGCCAAAGGCCGCACGUGCACGAUGACCUUCUCCCCUACGAAGGACUCCCUGCGCAUCACCAGCAUCGCCAGUUCCGGCAAGGUGCGCACCGUGCUGAACAUCCCUGUUCACAUGAUCAUCAACGUCGAGACGGCCGCCGAGAAGGAGGAGCGGCAACGCGCGCGGCAAGCGAACGACGAGGCGGUGAAGCUCGUCUUUGCCGAGAGCAGCAGCGGCGCCGGGCUGCUCUCUGCGUUCCCACACGGCAUUACCGGCGACGACGGCGAUCCGCUGGUGUUUGCGCACUCCCGGGUCAACACCGAUGCCUCCGGUGGCCACUCCUCCGGUGGUCUGUUUUUCCCCCAUUACUCGCUGACGUCCCCAUCGGGCGUGAGCAACCACGCCACCUCGCCGCUGGCGAGCUCGGCGUCGCAGAUACGGUACUACGUCUACUACAUGCGCCAGCGCAACCGUGAAAGCCCCUCCAUCCACACGUUGGAGUUCCUCUCGCACGGAUCGGCGGAGUACGUGCAGACGGUGGUGAACGCGCUCGUCCAGCGCAUUUACCGCAAGGGCCCGAAGCACAUCCUCGUCUUCAUCAGCCCAAAGUCCGGCAAAGGCAAGGGCGAGCACGUGUUCGACAAGCACGUCCUGCCCCUGCUGCACUUCAGCCGACACACGUACCAAACCUACAUCACGAAACGCGCCCACGACUGCGAAGACUACGUGGCGGACCUCAGACAUCCGAUGAACGCCAGCACCGUCGUGACCGCCGUCGGGGGCGAUGGCAUGAUCAACGAGGUCGUGAACGGCGUGCAUCGUCGCAAGCUUUCCCUGGUGCGGUGGCUGCGCAGCGUCACGACGAACGUCACGCCCCGUAACGGCUUGGACGACAUCUCGCAGCGGCUGGGCGACGAGGGCAGCAGCAGCGCGUGCGGCGUCGAGGCGCAGGCGCUGGCGACCGUCUCCGACGGCAACUCGACCACCACCACCGCUGUCUUGACGAAGUUGCCGACCACGCUGGAUGCGCCGCACGCACAUCCGAAUGUUGCGUCUUCGGCCAUUGUCAAUGAUGCCUCCGCCCCCACCACGACAGCGGCCGGUGGGCCGAAUAUUCAGCUGGAGGUGGAGGAGAGCAAACGAGGUCGUGGUGCGACGCUGGCCGAUGCGGCCGCCGUGGAGGCUCAGCAGCUGGCGCGGCAGCUGGUGGAGGAGGGGUGGGACGCGCUGAUGCCGCUCAUCGCCACCGUACCGUCCGGCAGCGCGUGCGGACUGGCGAAGAGCCUCGACGUGCUCUCCGUCGCGGAGUCUGCCAUGGCGCUGGUGCACCUGUCCACCGUACACAUGGACCUCCUCCACAUGAAUUUUUCUCCGAAUAAGGAGAUGAUAGACUGCCAGCGCAACGAGCUCAGCGUGAAGAAGGCGACGUCGGCGAAGCAGAACUUUGCGAAGUACCGCCACGAACACGCGACGGAGCUGCAAGAGCGGGCCGCGACACAGGCGGCUGCACAUCAGCAGCAGCUACAAGGGGCACAUGGGCAGGAUGAAGGAGCUCCGCAGCACCCGGCUGGUGCGCUGUGCGCAGCGGACCCGACACCGCCCUUUUUCAAGGACGGCUCAAACGUGUACACGGACGAGGUGAACUACGCGUUGAAGAUGCCGUACUUCGCGAACCGCGUCGCCUUCAUGUCGCUCUCUUUUGGGGCGGCCAACGACAUCGACCACGGCUCCGAGCCGCUCCGCUGGAUGGGCAAUGCCCGCUUCCAUGUCUACGGCGGCUACCUCAUCCUGCUCGGUCUCAAGCGUUACAACGGCGUGCUGCGCUACCUGCCCUGGCAGAGCAAGUCGGGUCGGACCGUGGAGAAGCUGCACACGCGGCAUCGUAUGCCGAGCGGCGAGGACUGGCCGACGUGCACGAUGCGCGAGGACUGCCCGCACUGCCAGGAGUACACCUUUACGCAUUGCGGUCAGUCCUCGCUCACCUCCUCGCACCGGACGGCGGAGAAGCACACGGGCAACUCGCCCAAUACGAGCCGUGACGGCGCCGGCGCAACGAGUGGGUGCAAUGCGGCGGCCACGCUUGCCCCCUACACGGACGCGGAGCUGCUAGAUGAGGACUCGGUCGACUUCGCCGAUUCGCACCUGCCGUGGGUGACCAUCCGUGGUGAGUUCUGUAUUGUGCUGAUGUGUAAUGUGCGGGAUGUUGCGCAGGAUAUGCUCAUGGCGCCACUGUCUCACAUGUCGGACGGCGCGAUCGAUGUCGUGUACUGCCGCAUUGACCCGUGCACUGGCAAGGGAGGCCGAAUGGAGAUGCUUAAGUUUUUUAUGGGACUGGAGGCGGGCAAGCACGUGGACCUCGACUUUGUAAACUACGUGAAGGCGCGUGCGCUGGAGAUCAAAAUCGAUGCAGGCAUUUCAAUGUCUGACGGCGAACUUAUGCCGCUGAGCUCAGUGCGCAUGACGAAGUUGCGAAGCAGCGUCCAGCUGGUGCGCAGUGAGUAG